AUGGCGACACCGGUGCAGAAACAGCCUCUUGUCAAGGGUGGUCACAUAAAAUCACCAGACCAGCUACCUUCAACUUUCAUAUCCUCAACAUUGCCAUGUGUCAACAGAGACACUAUUGUUCUCGCGGCUACCCACCCAACCAUCGCCACUGCAGGUAUAAAGAAUGACGGAUGGUUCAUCUCCGACUUUUAUGCCUUCAACUAUCUCCUGAAAGGCAAGGGCAAGGAACAAACUUGGCUCACAGCAGCCGAUCCAAACCAACUGGUAGAGAAAUACGGGCCCUACUUACAUGGAAAUCCGUACGAGGAACGGAAAGUCUGCCUUGAUGGUGAAAUGCUACGCCAGAACAAACUGACCGAUGUUACUGUGGUCCGCUCAUCUGAAAUGAUCGAUAGAUUCAUUUCCGAGGCCAAGCGAGCAUCGGAGUUGGCCAAGAAAACCAACGCGCCACUCCUCCUUCUGGUUUUCUGCCACGGACUCCCAAACCAUCAUCUCCUCCUAGAUGACGGUGAGCGAAAGAAGGGUCUAAGUAUUCUUGCUUUGAAAGCCGUCCUUGAGCCAGCUGCACGUAUUACCCUGGUAACUACGGCUUGCUACUCCGGAGGGUGGGCAGUUACUCCAGAGCUGAACACUACUGCGUUGACAGCUGCUAGUCACUUUUCUGAUCACAAACGGGGUCUUUCUAGUGCCUGGGGUAUAUCGGCUAGUAUCGGCCGCACCUGUGGGUCUAUAUUUGCGAGUACCAUGAUCGAAACUCUAUCUAGCGCUACAAGUCCUCUACUAGACGCCCAUGAGCGUAGCGACUUAAGUGACGAAAAUACCCUCCAGCCAGAUGCGCCGACCAAUCAUCAAACUCUCACAUACAACGCAUUCUGUCAGUCAGUGUUGGAUACUUGCCAAAACUCGGUUACACGGCUUUGGGAAUUUCAGCACUUUAGCUUUAGUGCUCAGAAUGACGACUGGGAGUAUUCCUGGACUGGAAGAACUGGAAUACCACUAGCUCACUUUCGAGAACGGUGGGAUAGACUGAAAUCCUAUCCUUAUACAGGACGAGCGAAUUUGCGUGACGAAAGGAACACAGACCCUCAAAACCCCAAUUUCACCACCCCAGUUCCAAGCCAAACAGGUGGGGUACAAGCUGCGAAUGACCAAAACAUCGUCGACACCAUGACGGACCACAUGGCCCAUGGGAGACUCAAAGAGAUGGCGAGGAUUUUCCACGGUACCUGUCCAGGAGACUGGACCCUAAGUGACCACGUGUCCUUGAGUAGUGGUUUGUUCCGCUUCUAUGAGCUGGGCUUGGACACUGAAGACGCGGGCAUGUUCGAGGCAACUAUUCGGUUCCGAUGGGAGGCGGCACUUCUCGCAGACUACGUUGUCGAGACGUUCAGGCUUCCAGUCCCAAGGAAUGAUAUCUGCAUCAUGUGGCAUGACGGUGCUUGGGCGAAUGCGAUCGAGAAGAAAUUCCCCGCAUCUGAAGUCAGCCAGAGGUGGUUAGCCAUAGCUGCGACACUCGAAGAUUCCUUCGACUUGCCCCGCCUACCACAACAAGGCCCGCCCUUUGACCGACCAUUCCGUUAUCUGGUGGCGGCUUUGAUCGAGGCUGAUAAGCCCAAGAAUAUAUUGGCCGAGAUUUGCGAUGCUAUCAUAGAGCUUAUGAGAAACGUCAAGGCCUUCCAGAACCAGCGCCUUUGCGAAGACCGAGAGGUGCGUCGCAGGGGACGCGAAUGGCUUAGGUCCAUUGGUCGACGAGCGCGAAGAUCGCUUUCUCCACGUAAAAUGGGGAGCAUGUCAGAAUCUGUGCCCGCAUGA